UCAUUUUGUUGACAUUUUAUUGUUCUAAAAAAUGGAAGCUGAAGGAUUCCCCCGUCUAUUCCACAACUUUGAGAAUGUCCCAGAACCCAAAGAGUGCAAAAAAGUUGGCUCAGUGCCAAGUUACCUAACGGGAACAAUGCUUCGUAAUGGUCCAGGAAUGUUCACCGUUGGAGAGGAAGAAUACAAGCAUUGGUUCGAUGGACUCGGUUUUAUGCAGAGAUAUCAUUUUGAGGAUGGAAAGAUGUUCUACUCAGCUCGAUACCUGGAAUCGGAAGCCUACACCAAGACUGUGGAAGCGCAGAGAAUAGUGGCUGGAACAUUUGGUACUCUAAGCUUCCCGGACCCAUGCAAGACUAUUUUCUCGAAAUACUUUUCGGAAUUCAUGAAUCACUCAGAGAAACAUGACAAUUCCAACGUGGCAUUCACUCCGGUUGGGGAUUCGUUGUAUGCGUGCACAGAGACACCACACAUGUAUCGAGUUGAUUUGGAUACGCUGAAGACUUUGGAAGCAGCUGAUUUUUCGAAAUUCGUUGCAGUCCACUCUUGCACCGCCCAUCAACUUUAUGAUGAAAACGGGGACGUCUACAAUAUUGGAUCCCGAUUUGGACCUGAAUCUGCACAUGUCUUCACUGUUACUAAGAACCCGAAGAAUCAGAAAUCCGAAAACGAUCACUCCUGGGAGCAUACUUCAAAGAUCGGAGAGAUCAAGGCAUCUGACCCCCUAUACCCCACAUAUAUGCACUCAUUUGGAAUGUCAGAAAACUAUUUAGUGAUGUUCGAGUCGCCUGUACGGCUUCAUCUUCAGAAGUAUCUGUUGAGCGAGUUUGUUCGUGCAACCUACCAUGACUGCUUGGAAUGGCAUGGUGAUAAGGAUGUGAGCAUUUUCAUUUUGAACAAGAAAACUGGAGAGCAACUACCGCUGACGCUGAAAAUGAAUCCAUUCUUUACAUUUCAUCAUGCCAACACUUUCGAGAAAGAUGGAUGUCUAGUGAUGGAUUACUGUAGAAUUGAAAAUGCAGGGAAGUUCGAUACAUUGCUGAUAAGUAACAUGAAGACCGGAGAAUUUCAAUAUGACGCGAAAUUCCUGCCAUACCUCACACGUGUCAUAGUUCCAAUGUCAGUUUCAAGUUCCGCAAAACCUGGAGACAAUCUCCUCAAGUCUGUACCCUGGGCGAGUGGAUGUACAUCAAUUCUUCAGGAUGACGGAUCGAUAAGGCUUACAGAGAGACGGGUUUGCGAGACUUCCAUGGAAUUCCCUCGCUAUCAUUGGGAAAAAAUCAACAUGAAAGAAUAUAGAUACGUCUUCGGAUCCACUGUUUUUGGAAGAAUUGAUGGAAAUCUCGCUGGGGUUGUCAAAGCUGACUUGAAAUUCGGAAACCACUUGAUUUGGAAUCGCGAGAACCCGCAUCAAAUCUGCGGGGAGCCCAUUUUUGUCCCAAAUCCCGAGGGCAUCGAGGAGGAUGAUGGAAUUCUGAUUGUUCCAAUUAUGUCCAGUUCUGAAAAACAAGUCCCAUUUGUGCUGAUUUUGGACGCAAAAACUCUAGAGGAAACAGCAAGAUUUGAGAUUCCAGAGGCCAGAAUUCCACUUGGAUUUCAUGCUUUUUACAAACCCAAGAAUUGAAUACUGUACCUAAUGUAUAAAUAUGAUAAUUAAUAAAAUUGUUU